GGCAGAUGCAACUUCACACUUAUAGUGAGCUCCAGGCAGCCGGGCAGACCUGCAGAAGAAUCCUCUCAAGCCUUUAUCUCCCUCUCUCGCGCUUUCUGCCAAGGAGUGUGUGUGUGUGUGGAAGAGUGUGUGCGCGAGCUGGAGAGUGUGUGUGCGCGUGAAGUGUGUGUGGUGUGUGUGUUCAUGUGCGGAGACAGUAACACACACCGCAGCUCACAUCACCACCACCACUGCUGCUACUGCUGCUGCUUCUACUGAGACUUUCUGAUUUUUUUUGUGGGCUUUUCUGGGUUUUUGGCUCCGGACUUGGAGGCAUAUUGGAACGCCGUGUUGGAUAUACGACCUGUUUAUAUAACGUUACUCCGGGCUGACUCCAUCUCUCUCUCUCUGUUUUUGAGGAUAUUUCAUUUGAGUUUUUUUUUUUCUUUUUCUUUUUUACAUUUUUUUUGUUGCAAACAAUAAAUGAAUCACAGGAGAAAGACACAUGAGAGGGAGUAAGUACGCGGCCGUGUGAGGAGGAUCCCGAGGAGGAGCGCCGGAGACGGCUCAGCGAACCGGAUGCAUUAUUCAUGCCUCAGCCUGGAGUGGAGGAGCACGAUUUGGGGCUAACUGUAAGGCUGGGCUUCAGAACAGAGCCGCCCUGGAUUUGAGCCUGCCUUACUUCGCAGACUGCGAGGGCACUGGGCGGCUGGGCUUCAGAUGCCAUGUCCAGUCUGCCGCAGGACAGACAGGAGCCGUUCCCUUCCCACAGAGGAGUCUUCCACUCGCACAAUAGGGUCUAAUUAGAGGUCACAGCCGCUGCUUCGCAACAUAAAAGGAUUCUCCACGCGUUGGACUUUCCUUCUGUCUCUUUUCCCCCUUUUUUUCUUUUUUUCCCCCCUUUUUAAUAAUACCAAUUCUAUGCCUGUCUUGGACCGCUACGGUUAAGGGUCUUCGUCUCGAACAGGAGUCGUUUCGCUUUUUGCUUCCUAGGUUUAUCUGGUGCAAAGCCUUUGAUGGCAUGACUGUUGGACACUGCGCUACAAACAGGAGGUCAGCAGUACGAGCAAGGAUCAGUCCGACAAAUACCAGUCGGUGAGGAUAUAACCAAAGAGACUCCUCUGACAGCACUGAGAAAAAUUCUGAGACGGCGAGAAGAAAGGGGAGCUUAAAGCAUCAUUGGAUUUCCAGACGCUAGCAGGGGAUUUACUGGCUCUUCUAAAUCAGGGGGGACAAGCAAAGCAGAGGACAUUAACAAUGGCAUGCCAAUACAAGUCCUUCUUCGUCUUCUUCAUCAGAGCCGGGCUUCUCCUGGGCCUCGCCAAUCCACUGGUGACCUCAGCCUCCUGUCCAUCACAGUGCCGCUGUGACGGGACUUUCAUCUACUGCAACGACCGAGAGCUGACUUCCAUCCCUUCAGGAAUCCCGGAGGACGCCACGGUCCUCUUCCUGCAGAACAACCGCAUUAAGAGCGCAGGCAUCCCCACCGAUCUGCGGCGGCUCAACAGCGUGGAGAAAAUCUACCUGUACUGCAACAACCUGGACGAGUUUCCCACCAACCUUCCGCUGAAUGUCAAGGAACUCCACCUGCAGGAGAACAAUAUCAGGACUAUCACUCAUGCUUCUCUGGCACAGAUUCCCUUCAUUGAGGAAUUACACCUGGACGACAACUCUGUGUCAGCCGUCAGCAUCGAGGAGGGGGCAUUCCGGGACAGCAACCAUUUGAGGUUGCUCUUCCUUUCACGCAAUCACUUGAGCACCAUCCCCUCGGGUCUGCCCAUGACCAUCGAGGAGCUUCGCUUCGAUGACAACCGCAUCUCCUCCAUUUCCGAGUUGUCCCUGCAGGAUCUGGUGAACCUGAAACGCCUGGUUCUGGACGGCAACCUCCUGAACAACAGGGGCAUUGGGGAAAUGGCCUUUGUGAAUUUGAUCAACUUGACUGAGCUCUCACUGGUGCGGAACUCCCUCACAUACCCACCUGCCAACUUGCCCGGCAGCAGUCUUGAGAAGUUACAGCUUCAGGACAACCACAUAGACCGGGUGCCAGCAGGUGCCUUUGCUUUCCUGCGACAGCUGUACCGCCUGGAUCUGUCAGGCAACAAAUUGACCAGCCUGCCUAUGGGGGUCUUUGAUGACCUAGAUAACCUGACCCAGCUGCUGCUGCGCAACAACCCAUGGCACUGCAACUGCAGAAUGAAGUGGGUGAGGGACUGGCUGCGCUUGUUGCCAGCUAAGGUUAAUGUGCGGGGCUUCAUGUGCCAAGGCCCUGAUAAGGUCAAAGGAAUGGCCAUCAAGGAUCUAGCUACGGAGCUUUUCGAUUGUUCCGACACGGAGGUCUCGCCUACAUACGAGACCAGCACCGUAUCCAACACACUGCCACCUUCUCGACCUCAGUGGCCGAUAUACGUGACUAAAAGACCAGUGAUUAAAGGUCCAGAUUUUGGUAAGAACUAUCGCAGCACUACACCACUGAGUCGAAAGAUCAUCACGAUAAGCGUCAAAUCCAGUAGUCCGGACGCGGUGCACAUAUCCUGGAGGGUCUCUCAACCCAUGACCGCCUUGCGCCUCAGCUGGUUAAAGCUUGGGCACAGUCCGGCGUUCGGAUCCAUCACAGAGACCAUCGUACAAGGGGACAGAACGGAGUACCUGCUUACAGCCUUGGAGCCAGAGUCCUCCUAUCGGAUAUGCAUGGUCCCUAUGGAGACCAGCAACAUUUACCUUUCGGACGAGACGCCCGUUUGCAUAGAGACGGAAACCGGCUCCUUAAAGGCGUACAACCCCACCACGACCUUGAACCGGGAGCAAGAGAAGGAGCCUUACAAAAAUUCUAGUUUGCCUUUAGCUGCUAUCAUCGGAGGAGCCGUGGCACUUUUGGCCAUGAUCAUGCUGGCGCUGGUGUGCUGGUACGUCCACAGGAAUGGUUCUUUGUUUUCCAGGAAUUGCACGUACAACAAAGGGCGCAGGAGGAAGGAUGACUACGCUGAGGCCGGGACAAAGAAGGACAACUCCAUCUUGGAGAUUAGAGAGGCCUCUUUUCAAAUGAUACCCAUAAAUCACAUGCCCGUGUCCAAGGAAGAGUUUGUGAUACACACAAUUUUCCCUCCUAAUGGUUUAAACCUUUACAAGAGUCCGCACAGUGAAAACAGUCUCAACAACAGAAGCUACAGAGACAGUGGAAUACCAGAUUCAGACCACUCCCAUUCAUGAUAGUGUGUGCGUGUGUGUAGAGAUAUCAAAGACAUUUUAUAAACGAAUGACUGACUUCAGGACUGGCCGGUCUUUUACAAAAAAAACACUGGAUCGAAAAGACUGAGAAAGCAAUGUUCUGUACAUUUGCCAUAUAAUUUAUAUUUAAGGACAGUUUAUUAAAAGAAAAAAGGCUACGAUUGCAGGCCGUCACUGAGCCGUCAGUGUAUGCUGUCAACAACUGCAAUUCUAUAUUUUAGAGGUUUGUAGUAAUUUGUACUGUACAUCCUUUGCUUAAGGUUUCAGACCAAUUAAAAUCUUUGUGCUCUACUGAGAUAUGACUUGUCAACUGUGAAAGUGGGUUUUCAUUGCUGUGUUGAACAAUCAGAUUUUAGAGAACCUUGUAGAAUAAGCACAGGUCAUAAUGUCCAUGACGUGACAGUCCUAAAGUUACGAAGCAGAAACACAGGGCCAGCGGGGAUAAAGGGCACAGAUGAUUUUAGUGGGUUCAAUGGAUAUAGGUGUAGGUGUGCCUCACUCAGAAUUUUCAAAAACUGGGGUGCCAUUUCUGCAGUGUUAUGUCCAGGCAUUAGGCCUUUGCCAUACUUGGACACUAUAAAUCUGUUCCUAGAAGAUUUAGCAUCAUAGCACAGUGUCCAGCCAGCAUGCUGUUCCACAGUUGGGUAAGCUUGUUCCGCACAGGAGCAACAAAGCACACAGAUAAUGAGAGGUUGCUGCUCAGUGACACUGGAGGAGUCGGGCCAACAAGCCAAUCUCGCUUGUUCCAGACCAGUCAAUAGGUUGUAACCACUUACUGUAGGUGAUACUCCUCCUCAGUAGUGAGUAGUGUACCAGUGGUGAGUGUAUCCUCGAAUUGGAGUGAAUAAGCUGGGCUAUAGAACAAGAUGUGGUUCAAAAACACUUAUGGGUUCAUUUCAUUAUUUUUUUUACUUUAUACAAAUGUGUCAACUAUUUUUGUUCAUAUUUUAUAGAUUUAUUAUCUGAACUGAUCUGUACCCACCUCCCCAACACCCCCCUUCCUCAGAGUUCAAGCCACUUUUACAUUGCCACAACUCAACUGAAAGUAAACUAACUGUUCUUUACAACUGAAGACCAAAGUGCACCUACGCCCUUUGGCCAGUCUUGUAUGUGCCUUGAUCCAAUGCUUAUUGUAUUUAGCUUUUUAAAAGAAUAAACCAGUGACUUAACUUUUUUCAUACACACUUGAAUAUGAUAAACUAUUGGUCGUAUUGCAAAAAUAAAAGUGGAUAAAAUCAA